GUGAAACUAUUACAGAAUUUAUUCAAAAAAAAAAAUAUUGUUUUUGUAAAAUGAAAAUAUUAAUAAUAAGUUUUUGUAUAAUUUUGUCAUGUAAGACAAUAUUAUCAUUAAAUACAGAAAUACAGGAUAUUCAACAACUAGAAGAUGUAAGUCAAACUGGAGUCAACAAUAGAAAACAUAAUCAUCAUCAUCAUACAGAUGAUUUAAAAUCUGAACAAGUUGAUUUUAAUUCACCUAUAAUUCCACCGAUAGAACAAAAUGAUCAGCAACAAAUUUUGGAACCAAGAUUAGCUGUACAAGAAACACCAUCUGGUAUUCCAAUUAUUCCACCUGGUACACCAACAAGUGAUGUUUGUAAUUUACAAAUGGAAACUGGACCAUGUAGAGCAGCUUUUCCAAGAUUUUAUUUUGUACCAAGUAAAGCAGAUUGUGAACCAUUUUUAUAUGGUGGUUGCGAAGGAAAUUAUAAUAAUUUUGCAACAUAUGAUGAAUGUAUGCAAUUCUGUACAGCUGGAUAUAUACCACAAUCACCAAUAUUGCCUGGAUUAAUUAAUAAUAAAGGUACAGAAGGAAAACUAUUAGAAACGAAUCCAAUGUUAACAUCAAGUGAUGCAACAAAUAAUAAUGAUAAUAAUAUCAACAAUAAUGAUAAUGAUAAUGAAAGUUCAAGUGGAAAUCGUCAUCAUAAUAGAUGGCCAAUAUUUGGUGGACUUUUAGCUGGAUUUUAUUCUUUAUUACGUCAUUUAUUCUAUUGGUAGUAUAUUUGAAUGUUAUAUUAUGUAAUAUUAUGUAAUAGUCUGUAAGUUAUCUCUUAUAAUUAAAAUAUAUUAAUAUGUGUAUGUAAAAAUAAAUAAAAAAUAUAAAUAAA